AGGUGAUUGUAACCGUCCGUUUAUAGUGAUGGGAGAAGAAAUUUCGCCGCGUAUUCGUAAAAGCGGAAAAUCGAAGAAAAAUGUGUGCGACGAAGAAAGCCUCUCUAAAGAUGAAUGUGUUGUGGAGAUCAAAGAGGAAGACGCUCAGCCCGACGUGGUUCCAGACACUCAGCGAGCCGUGGUUUCCAAAACCCGCGUUUUCAGAACUAUCCAUUCACGUCGCAAAGUUAUGGCAAAUCUAAAGUUGGAGAAGCGAAAAGACAAAAAAGAAAGACAAAAAGAACGAAGAGAAGAACGGGAGCGUUUAGGGAAGAAAGCUCCCCCGAAACUAGUGCCCCGCACUAUUGAAUCUACUCGUGAAACAGACCACACUGUUUUGACGGGCGAUGCGGAAGAAGAUGCCGAAGUGUUGCUCGACGAAGAAGCGGACGAAAUGGCUUCGUAUUUUCAGAAAGAAGCAGAACCGAAAGUUCUUGUCACCACUUCGGAAGGAGCUUCUUCCCCUGGUGUGCGCAUAGCGAAGGAUUUGUCUCGGCUGAUCCCAAACGCCGAGUUCUUCUUCCGAAAGAAGACUUCCAUUAAAGGAACCGUAGAAAAAGCGAAGUUGAGAGGAUACACGGACGUCAUGAUUGUCCACGAAAGUCAUAAGAAGUGUGAUGGUUUUGUGCUGAUUCAUCUUCCGAACGGUCCAACUGCGCAUUUCAAGAUGAGUUCAAUGAAAACAACGAAUAUGUUGAGGCAUCAUUGGGAGUCGAUUGGCAACGAAAGACCCGAAAUCAUAUUGAAUAAUUUCUCCACCAAACUUGGACACCGAGUUGCAAGAAUGUUGGCGUCGUUAUUCCAUUACGAUCCGGAGUUCAAAGGCCGGCGUGUUGUCACCUUUCAUAAUCAGCGCGAUUUCAUAUUUUUCCGACAGCAUAGGUAUGAAUUCAAAAGUGGACAGAAAGUUGCUCUUCGUGAACUCGGGCCGAGAUUCACGCUCAAGUUGAGAUGGCUGCAGAGAGGUACUUUUGAUACAAAACACGGAGAGUAUGAAUGGAUUCACAGACGUGGAGAAAUGGAUACCAGUAGGCGACGGUUCCAUUUAUAAAUGAAUGUUUGUGCUGGC